UACCUGUGGACCAGGUCCAUGAUAUUUUCCCAAACGAAAAUGGCACGCCAUCCUCUACAAAAACACCCAAUCCUCCCUUCCGUCCUGCGUAUCGGGAGCCCGAAGCCAGGCUUUCCUCAUCGGUUUCCUCUGUCGCGAGAUCGCCCGAGAUUUCCCUUGACCGAAGGAGGGAAUACCUAGAAAUCCCAUCGAAUUCGCGUGUCCGCGGCGCCCUCCUGUGUGCUUUGUGUGCUCGAUCGAUUGGCUAUUCGAUUCGAUCGGCCGGACACCGCCAUGGGAUUGGGGAACGAGGCGAGCUCGUCGUCGUCGGGGCUGGACUCCGCGCCGCUGCUUCCCCACCACAGCGCCGUAAAGGGCCACCUGUCUUCGCAGCCAAAGACUUUCGCGAACGUCUUCAUCGCGGUGGUCGGCGCCGGCGUGCUGGGCCUGCCGUACACGUUCUCGCGCACCGGGUGGGCGGCGGGGACCGUCCUGCUCCUCUCCGUCGCCCUGCUCACCUUCUACUGCAUGAUGCUGCUCGUGGCCUGCCGCCGCCGCCUAGCGGACGAGCACCCUAAGAAGAUCAGCUCGUUUGGGGAUCUGGGGGACGCCGUGUUCGGCGCGCCCGGGCGCCUGGCCGUGGACACCAUGCUGGUGCUCAGCCAGGCCAGCUUCUGCGUUGGAUACCUCAUCUUCAUCUCCAACACCAUGGCGCACCUCUACCCCAUCUUCCCUCCUUCCUCCAAUAUCUUCCUCUCACCCAAGGCGCUAUUCAUGUAUGCGAUGCUGCCGUUCCAGCUCGGGCUCAAUUCCAUCAAGACGCUCACGCUUCUCGCGCCGCUCAGCAUCUUCGCGGACGUUGUCGACCUCGGCGCCAUGGGUGUCGUCGUUGGCCAGGACGUGUCCGCCUGGCUCGCCUCGCAUCCGCCCGUGGUCGCGUUCGGCGCCCCGGCCGCGCUCCUCUACGGCAUCGGCGUGUCUGUCUACGCCUUCGAGGGCGUCUGUAUGGUCCUGCCGCUGGAGGCUGAGGCCGCGGACAAGAAGAAGUUCGGCGCCACGCUCGGGCUGUCCAUGGCGUUCAUCGCCGCCAUGUACGGGCUGUUCGGUGUCAUGGGGUACGUCGCAUUCGGCGAGGCCACGCGCGACAUCAUCACCACCAACCUCGGCAGCGGGUGGCUGUCGGCGGCCGUGCAGCUGGGGCUGUGCAUCAACCUCUUCUUCACCAUGCCGGUGAUGAUGAACCCUGUGUACGAGGUCGCCGAGCGCCUGCUCCACGGCAAGCGCUACUGCUGGUGGCUGCGGUGGGUGCUCGUGGUUGCCGUCGGGAUGUCGGCCAUGCUUGUGCCCAAUUUCACAGAUUUCCUCUCCCUCGUGGGGAGCAGCGUCUGCGUGCUCCUUGGGUUCGUGCUGCCGGCCACUUUCCACCUCAAGGUGUUCGGCGCCGAGAUGGGCUGGCAUGGGGUUCUCAGCGACGUCCUGCUGAUGGUUCUCGGCCUCGUGCUAGCCGUCUCCGGCACUUACUCAUCGCUGGUGCAAAUCUUCCACUCAUCCAGCGCUUAAUUUCUAAAUCGCCAGUACGCACCGAUGAUUAAUUUGCUCGGUGCCCUGUUCUCAUCGGCGCUGGUUAAGCUUUCGUGUAGUCGUUCACACUACUACGGAGAAGGGGAUUAGUCGAUUAGGGGGAACUUCCUGGGGUUAGCUAUUUGUUGAUCGGGGCAAUUGAUUUAUUUGCCUUCAUUGGCCCUUCUUUUCGGAUUAUAUUAUGUCCGAGAUUUACUAGUAACCUGGGUGGCAUGGAGAAAUCUGUAUGGUUUUGCUACGACAGAUCCCAUGUCUGCCCGUAGCAGAAGCCUACUGUAAUGUGUGUAUGUCCUAGAUGUUCCAGCUGCAGCGCAGGAUGGAUUCGAUGAAAGGACAUAAUUUUCAGAAUUUACUUGUGUAGCAAUGUCCUGUGUCCUGUGUCCUGUGUCUCUGUAUUACGAUUUACGGAGUAGUUUGGCAGGGCAGACAAAUGAGUUA